AUGAAUUUGGACAUGAUUUUUCUUGUAGUUAUCACAUCUUUUAUCGUCGGAUUCGUUUUAGACAUGAUCAGUUCAAUUAUAUUGGAUAAAUUAUUUGCGGAAAAAAAGUGGCAAAAUACGGAACAGGAUAAAGAUCAAGCCAAGAACUUGACAGAUUUGGACGAUACAAGAAGUGAUUAUGAUAAUCAAAAUAAGAAAAAUAAGGAAAUGAUAAAGUGCGGGGAGGAAGAUGAAGGAACGGAUACAUUAAGCGAAGAAGAAUUUGAAGAAAUUAAUCAAGCCAUUACAGUUGUGAGGGCAAGUAACAUUAUGAGUUGUCGACAGCCUUAUAGGUCUUGGAACGCUGCUGCCCUUGGUUUACCUCAGAAAGUCGAGCAUUGUCAGCAGGAAACUUCUGGUUCUACUAAUGCUUAUGCGAGUAACUUUGGAAAAUGUAAAACACGUAGAAAUACAUGGCAUGAAUCUGGCCAGCAGAAAUAUAACAAUGAAUGUGAAGGCGCCCAAAUUUAUAAGGAAUCAUCUCGAGAGUAUUCUAAGUCUUCUGAUAAGCCCGACUGGAGAUCUAAUCAGCCUUCUUGGAGACCUACUUCAUUUUCUUCACACGAUCGUCCUAAACAGAUGAGAUCUAUUUCUACCGGUGAUGGUUUUAACACGCGUAAUAAUUUUGACAACUCGAGCGAAAAACCUUGGCGACCGUUUACUUUAAAAGAAAUUAAUGAUGAUGGACGUGAUCACGCGCCACGUUCUGAGGAUGGGAAGAAUUAUGAGACUUCACAGUACUUUACUAAUCAUGAAGAAAAAACCAAUUAUUCUUCAUCUUGGAAAUCCGCAUCUCAAGAAAAUCUUAUGAAUGUUGAUGAUAAUGAUGCAUUCAUAUAUUCCGGCGAAAAAACUGAAGAGAAAUGUGAUAGCGCUACUAAUCAGAAUAAAUCUGACUUGCCGAGAAUCACCGUGAAAAUUUCACAAUUAUCAUUGACCGAUAGUGAUCAUUCCGAUGAGACUAUCACUCCGCAAACCCCUGAACAGGUGCUAACCAAUCCGACUGAUGAUCCUCCUCUACUUAUCAAUUUGGAUGAACCUCAACCUGCUCCGGAACAAGGAAAAAAUAAAAUCUCUGAAGAUAUUUUUUGUCUUGAUUGGGAACAAUAUCAUUAUUCUAUUUUGGAAAAUGAGCUACGAGCUUCUAAACAAAAUCCUCCACAG